CGGCCCACCAGCCAGUCCCCUGUCGACGCCGAGAGCGAGCGGACGCGCCGUGCUGUGCAGGUCAGAGAUUUGAGCAUGAGCCCACCCUAGUGACUGGACGACAAGAUGCCGAAAAUAUUCUUACUUCGCGAGAAGUUGAGCAGCAACUUCGACGCGCUGCUUGGCCACCCGAAGGGCCAGCACGAGGAGGGUCUGUCGCGUCGGUACGGAGACGAUGAGUCGGACGGAGAGGAUGAACUUGAGGAGGUGUUCACGAGGCCGCAGCGGCUGCCGCGGCCGCGCCGGGACAGCCUCAGAGAGGAGCCGGCAAAGACAGCCGAGCAGAAGACAGAGUCCGUCUCUGCAGACACAGCACCAGACUCGGACGCCAGCGGCCCCGGUCCGCAGUUCGGCUGGCCGCUGAAGGGCUGGCCUCGGCCGGCGGCGGGCACCUCCGCCCAGGAGCAGCAGCGCCGCCGUCAGGCCGCCGACAAUGUGGAUGCCGUCAGCCGGCGCCUGCAGGAGGCGCGCGUCGCCGACGACACCGACGAACCGGAGCUGGUGCGCGCCGCCGACGAGCGCGAGCUCUCCGAGGAGCCCGAGGAGGCGUGCCGAGCCGCCGCCGAGCCGGCGAGCGACGAGCCGCCGGCGUCCGCGGAGCCGCCGGCCGGCAGCGCCAUCGACCUCUCGGUGGGCGCCAACCCGCUCAGCUGCUUCCCGUCGCUGGCGGCGCCGCGCCGCGGCCGCCUCUCGGUCAUCGCACACACGCCGACGCUGCCCAAGAAGCGGCCGUUCUACCGACGCGACCUGCUCAGCGCGCGCGUCCACAUCGACUCGCCACCGCCGCAGAAGCGGCCCAUGAAUCUGCGCGUGCCGCGCAAUGGCUGCGCGCCCAUGCAGACGCCGCUCGGCUCCGGUAGUAACCCGCUGUCUCCCACCCCGGGCUCACCAUACCGGGGCGGGGGCGGCGGCGGCGGCGGGGGAGGUGGGCCCGGAGACCAGGGCUCCCCCAACGACAACCACAUGAACAACCGAAACGGAAACAACAACAGCGGAAACCACAAUCACAACAACGGAAACAACGACAACAAUGGCGGCAACAACGGCAACAACAACAAUAAUAACAACAACAACGGAGGAGGAAACAACGGAAGUCUGUUCGGUGGGCCCGGCGCGGGAGGUCUGAUCGGUCUGCUCGGCUGCAAGACCGAACAGCCGGACGAUUCAUACGAGACCGGCCGCCAUUCUCCCAAACAGUAUCAGACCCUACAAUCAGCCGACAUGGACACGUAUCUGGGUAGCUACGUGGACUUACAAGUAGAAGGCUGCAAGCCGCCUCCUCAGCCCCCUCCAGCUCAGUCUUGGAGCGUGCACUCCACCAGCGGGCCUCUGCCUCGCCACGCGCCGCUGCCCUUCAACCUCAGCAGCACCGAUCCGUUCGGACUCGGCGACUCGUACGAGCUGGAUGUCGAGCUGUUCGCCGACACCAAGCCGGUGAUCGGCGGCGGAGCUGGCGGCACUGCCGGCCUCCUGGCCGACUCCCCGGACCUGUUCGGUCUGGAGCACCUCCUCCAGCCGGGCUCGGGGGCGGCCGGCGCGCCCCAGGCCGAGCUCUCUCACCAGACGGUGGUGGACGCGCUCGGUGACGCCGCCACCCUGCCAGCUCUCUCCGAGCCGGUGGUGUCCUCGUGUCUGGCCGAUGCCGUGUACGACGGCCGGUUCCUGGUGACAGGCCCGGCCGUGCCGGCGCUGCCGACGCCCGUGCCGUCGGCUCAGCUGGCCGUCCAGCCGCCACAGCUUCCCGAGUCGUCGACGGCGGCGUCUCCGGGCUCUCCGUGCGCGCCGGGCGGCCGGUGCUCGCCCACCUCUCCCGGCUCGUCCACCGGAGACGGCAACAUCGGCGAGGGUAUGCCAGCGCUGGACAUCCGGAUCAGCAUACUGCAGCAGCGGAUGGGCCUGCCCGACUCGCACAGUUUCGAGUUCGUCAACGGCGGGCAUGGCAUCAAGAAUCCCCUAAUCAACGAGCGAGACCUCGAGGUCGAGAAGCUGCCACCUAUCAUUGUGGAGGAUGACCCGAAAACCUACAUGUGCCGGCUCUGCUCCAAGAAGUUCACCCUGCAGCGCCUGCUGAACCGGCACAUGAAGUGCCACUCGGACGUCAAACGCUACCUCUGCACCUUCUGCGGCAAGGGCUUCAACGACACCUUCGACCUGAAGCGACACACGCGUACUCACACCGGUGUGCGGCCGUACCGGUGCGUCAUGUGCGAGAAGUCGUUCACCCAGCGGUGCUCCCUCGAGUCGCACUGCCUCAAAGUGCACGGCGUCCAGCACAACUACAACUACAAGGAGAGACGCAACAAGGUCUACGUCUGCGAGGAGUGCGGCAACACCACCAUCGAGCCCGAGGCGCACUACUUCCACCUCAAGGACAACCAUCCCAACAGCCCGGCGCUGCUCAAGUUCUACGACAAGCGCCACUUCAAGUUCCACAGCAACUUCGCCUCGAUGCUACUGCAGGCGCGGACGUAGUUCCGGUCGUCGCCACCAGGGGCGCUGUGCACGCCCCGUGCCUGCUGCUACUGAGGAGCCGACAGACGGAAAGAUCCACAGACAGACGGACUGACAGACAGACUGAAAGACUGGCAGCCGUUCUCCCAGCGGGAAGACGGCGCCGACUACCGCGGGCUCGACGGGCUGGCAAUAUCUGCACAUACAAUUGGCUGUUUUAUAUCUAUUUAGGUGUCAGGUGUGGCCGCGCAGGCGGUAUGUUAGGCACCUGGACAGAGGCAUUGUUUGUGUUUGUAUCUGUUUGUAAGCGGCAUUCAGUGUAUUUUUUCGUGCGCGUGCGUUGGUGGUUUGUGCGUCUGGGCGCGAGUGUGCUCCCUGGAGGGGCGACGGCGGCAGUGGCUCGCUGGACGAAACCAAACGCCUCUCGGGUUGUGCGCGGCGGCCGGAGCGAGACACGGUCGCGGAGACACCGACCACCGCUGGACUGGGCAUUUCUCGGCGGCUGGAGGGACGCAGCGCGAGCGAGCGGUGCCGGCCGUACUGCGUAACCGCUGUAUGUAGCUAGCUGUAGUGAGUGAGCGGAGUGCCGCUGCGAGCGGCAGAGUGAGCGGUUUGCUCGCCCGGCCGGCCGGCAGAGUACCGCCUCGGUGGCCGGCCGCGACGGCGGCGUUCACGGGUUGCCAUGACAACUGGCGCACCGCGGUGUCGCCGCGACCGCCACCACGCCCAGCUCUCUAGACAGGCACUAUCGGUGGCUGGUUAGGGGGCCGCCGGACGCGGGAGUCGCCCCGGCGGCCCAGCAGUCUCACAAUGAAGGGCGUGGCGGCCUCUCGGCGGCACCGGCCCGCCGCGCCGGCCGGCACACCGAUGCGACCUGCCCGCCGACCAGGGCGACACCUGGAGAAGACCGCCAGAGACCGGAGCGACAUCUGGACAAGGCGGACGGGAUAUGACGGGCAUACUGUCGGCGUGAGAAGCGAGUCAGUGUUAACCAGCCAAAUCUGGGCAUUCGAGUGUUGCUGGUCAUUUGUGCAGUGUGUCUGAGUGUGGUGCGCGUUGUUGGCAGUUAUUUUACUGAGCCUGCCUCCUGGGCGUUACUGGGUUGUACUUGGCUCCGCUGUUGUACCUACACUCGUCCUCAUGACUAAGCGCUGGAGGCGCAGGUCCUCCAGUACAAAGGCAGGUGUGUGCGCCGCCCCUUCCCCCGCCUCGCGGUAUUGUGCCGCGACUGGCCACUGUUGUUCUACGCAUGUUCAGCAAAUACAUUUAUUAGCGUUACUGAAA